AUCGGUUCCCAAGCUCACAAACAAAACCUGGUUCAAAAAAAAAAAGUUCACAGAGAGAUAGAGUGAGUGAUUAAAAGAGGCAAAUUCUAGAAGCUUACACGUUGUUCCCAUAGAUUCAGACAGCGACGAGCACAGCACACACAGCUCCUCCGCCCACCACCACCACCACCACCACCAAGCUUUUUUACGAGAUCGAUUUUCACGGCAUUUGAUUUGUCUGUCAAGUAUCAUCACCGAUCUCAAUCUCUCUCUCUCUCUCUCUCAUAAUCAACAGUCACAAGAUGCGAAGCAUGGCGAGCUCCGCCUCCUCCCGAGGCAUCGCCGCCAUUGUCGGCGUCGGCCCCAACCUCGGCCGCUCCAUAGCCCGCAAGUUCGCUCACGAAGGCUACACCGUUGCCAUCCUCGCCCGCGACCUAGGCAGAUUAUCAAGAUUCGCUGACGAAAUCGCUAGAGAAGAGAAAGCGCAAGUGUUCGCAAUCCGAAUCGACUGCUCCGAUUCUCGGAGCAUAAGAGAGGCAUUCGAAGGUGUUCUAUCCCUAGGGUUUGUUGAAGUUUUAGUCUACAAUGCGUACCAGCCAGUCUCUUCUUGCCACCCUUCCAACUUCGCCGACAUUCGCCUCGACGCCUUCGAGAAAUCCAUCGCCGUCUCCUCCGUCGGCGCCUUCCACUGCUCCCAACAGGUACUGCCUGGCAUGGUGGAUAGAGGAAGAGGCACAAUUCUCUUCACUGGAUGUUCAGCUUCUCUCAACGGCAUUGCUGGUUACUCCGAAUUAUGUUGUGGGAAGUUUGCGUUGAGAGGUUUGGCGCAAUGCUUGGCGAGAGAGUUUCAGCCGAUGGGAGUACACGUGGCUCAUGUUAUCAUUGACGGUAUCGUCGGCUCGCCCAGGGCACCGUCGACAUCGCAGCAAAGAUUGUUGGUUGGGCCUCACCACCAAAACCACCACCAACAGCAGCAGCAGCAGCAACAGAACGGUGGAGGGGAUGGGUCAAUGGACCCAGACGCGCUGGCUCAGACCUACUGGCACUUGCACACUCAAGACCGGACUGCUUGGACCCAAGAGAUCGACCUUCGUCCUUCAAAUUCAGGAUUUUUCUAAAGUUCUUUACAUAAUUAUUAAUUAAUGAAUUGGUACUUGCAAAAACUCUCCAUAUUAAGUUUGGAUUGAGAUAAUUAAGGAAAUAGGUGUGUGAUAGGCUUCAGAAGAAAAGUGUGAAUGGUUUCAAGUGUAAAUCUUAAUGUUAAGACUAGCUAGUUAUGUGUGUUGUGUGUAGGGUGGUAAUUGAGUGUUGUUUUUUAUUUGAAAGUGUGCGUAUCUAUUGAGACCCACUUAGGUUCUCUAGAAAUCAAGGAUAUAUUUAUGAGAAUAAUUUUUGAAGACGGUAAUAUUAUAUACUCAAAAGUUUAUUUAAAAUCA